GUUGAUAUUAAACGCUAAUCUUCAGUCCAACCUCCAGAAACCUUCUCUUCGCGCAGUUCCACCAUGCGUAGGACUAAGAGACGAGGUGGCUAUCAGCACCACCACCGUCUUGUUGAAAAGUCGACCCACGAAGCUCUUCCUCACCAGCCUCAGGAUCAACAUCAGCAGUCCACUGCUGAAUUCUCUUCCUUUUCAUCAACUUCUUCUCCGCAACAUGCUCAGGGCUCUAAACCUCAUCGAAAUCCCAAGUGGGUCGCACGUAAAUAUGCCCCCACAAAAGCGUUUAUGGAGAUUUCUGAGGUCAAUACCUCGAAAUAUCCUGUGGAUUCUGUGAACGCUGAAGUGAGUUCUCCAAAAUUUGAAACAACCUCUUCGAACGUUGAGCCGAUUUCUUUGAGUUCUGAAGUCGGUUCUUCGAAAUUUGGUGAAAAAGCGAAUGAGGAGCUAGAAAACGAGGAAACGGAUUAUUUGCAAUCAAAUGAAAAGAGCAACGAACCUGAGAAUGUAGUAGGUGAUGUCGUGAGUAGAUUAGAAAAGUUGCGGUUAGGUGUGAAGGAGCCAGAAUUGUCUGAGGAGCAGCUGAGGACCAAUGAUCAGAGGCAGGAGGAUGAGUUGCUUGCUAUGGAAUCCAUUUUUGGAGAGAAUGCCCUCAUUGUUGACAAACAAGGAGGCCUAAGGUCAUUUCAGAUUCACAUUGAUAUUGAACCUCCUGCUGAACUUACUGUAAUUGCUAAGCUUAAUUCAUUUGGUGAUCUUGUGAUGAAAAGAGAAAGCUCAGAUGAAUUCUCUUACUCAUUCAAAGUCCAAUUUCUUCCACCAAUUGUCUUAACAUGCUUAUUACCUAAGUCAUACCCAAGCCACCUGCCACCUUACUUCACCAUCUCAGUUCAGUGGUUGGAUUCCAUUAGGAUUUUCAAUCUCUGCUCCGUGCUGGAUAAACUUUGGAUGGAACAAUCAGGGCAGGAAGUUAUCUAUCAAUGGGUGGAAUGGUUACAGAAUUCCUCUCUUUCAUAUCUUGGGGUUGAUAAGGAGAUAAUGCUUGGUCCUUAUGGCAUGAAACAUACUGCAGACCAGCGUGCAAUUUCAGGAAGUGUCUCCCCUGAUGUCGACAUUCCUUCAAUGAAAAGUUAUAAUGAUGAGCAGUACCAAGAGAACUUUCGCAAAAACCUACAUGAAUGUAUCAUCUGUUACAAUGAAUAUACUGGCAGUGACUUUGCCAGGCUACCAUGUCAGCACUUUUUCUGUUGGAAAUGCAUGAAGACUUAUUCUGACAUGCAUGUUGCAGAAGGCACUGUGAACAAACUUCAAUGUCCAGAUGCAAAAUGUGGGGGUAUGGUCCCCCCCAGUUUAUUGAAACGACUGCUUGGCGACGAAGAAUAUGAGCUUUGGGAGUCCUUAAUGUUACAAAAAACACUUGAGUCCAUGUCUGAUGUUGCCUAUUGUCCACGAUGUGAAACACCCUGCAUAGAAGAUGAAGACCAGCAUGCACAAUGCUCAAAGUGCUUCUUUAACUUUUGUACGCUUUGCAGGGAGCGACGCCAUGUUGGCAUAGCAUGUCUAACACCGGAACUAAAGCUUCGUAUCUUAGAGGAACGCCAAAAUUCAUCUCAACUCAAGGGCGAGCAAAGGCGUAAGGAGCUUGAGAUGAUCAAUGACCUUCUUAGUGUGAAGGAAAUACUUCGUGAUGCUAAGCAAUGCCCGUCUUGUAAGAUGGCAAUCUCAAGAACUGAAGGUUGCAACAAGGUGGUAUGUAAUAAUUGUGGGCAGUACUUCUGUUACCGCUGUAACAGUGCAAUUGAUGGAUAUGAUCAUUUUAGGGAUGGAUCGUGCGAACUAUUUCCACAAGAUACAAUUAGGCAGUGGGAGGAGCGGAUGAAUGCUCGUCAGAUUGUGGCUCAGGUUCAAGCUGAGCUCUUUGCCAAGCAUGGUGACUCAUGCCCUAAUUGUGGUCAAUUUAAUGCAAAGGUUGGCAAUAAUAAUCAUAUAUUUUGCUGGGCAUGCCAAAAGCACUAUUGUUACUUGUGCAAAAAGAUUGUGAGGCGCAGCUCUCAGCACUAUGGACCCAAGGGCUGCAAACAGCACACAGUUGAUUAGCAUUUUACAAGAAAAAAUCAAAGAUCCGGCACCAAUGAGAUCAACAGUUGGUUAUAUUCCGGCGAAAACUGUGAUUAUAAGUAAUCUGAGUCUGCCCCAGCUAGGAGCUUUCAGGUUGAACUUGGAAUUUACGAGGUGAUCAAAGACACUCGCCAUGCGUUUCACUGUAUCAAAGCCUCACUUGCAACCGCAUUCGGUCAAGACUGAGGUGACUGCUACAGAGAAGUCUCACGAGUUCAUGGUUUGCUUUCAUUUUUUUAUUUGUGUUGAUUUAUUGAAAACAAAGAGAUAAAAUAAAGGCCGAUUUGGAUAGAAAAAGCUCAAAUAUUUUUGCUAGUUGGCAAUUAUAUUCAAACAUUCUAAUUUUCGAUUGGAUA